AUGUCAGUCACGCCAGGUCCAGCAGAGGGUCAGCCACGACAUCCGCGCCGAACGCAAGGUCCUUCUUUCCCAGGUAUGAGCGUCCAGAAGCAGCAGAUAGAGAUGCGGUACGAGAUACCAGGCGAGGUAUCGACCGGGCAGAGAGAGAAGGCCCCCAGACUCCCAGACCCACAGACAGACCAACGAGACGAUAUGCGUUCAGAAGCAGCAGACGGGUACAUAAGGCGAGACAACGAGCGAGCUCUUGCUCAAACACGGAAAGGAAUCCCUCGAGCCUCAGCAGCAUUGAACACGCCUGUACGACAGCGCGACAGACGGGAUCGGACUCAGGUGCGUAGGGAUACCGUCACACAGUACCAGGCUCUCCGUAGCCCUUCCGCGGACCGCUACACAACGGCUUCUCGGAGGAAGCAGGCUUUGGAUGACCCGGAAGAUCUCACGGUUCUGGACGAAGUGGACGAUUCGAAAGUCCUUGGAAAGGUUUACAGACCCAACAAAUCCCGUCAAAGCAAGCGCGAUAUCUUGCAGGCUGUCGCUCAGAAGCGAAAAGAAGGGGUAGCCAAGGAGGCACAGAAGAUCGUCAAGCAAGAAACGAGAGGCUUCGACCCUGCCGAAGAUGAGGACCCUCUUGUUCGGAACGUGGGGAGCAAGUUAAUGCGCCUCAAGGAGCUGGUUGUAGAGCUGCAGAUGGUUGAGACACAGCAGGAUAUCAACAGGAAGGACUUGAAACGUUUGAUAGCGCCGCUUCAGACGAAGGCCCGGCGAGUUGAGGAGUCCGCGCACCAGUACAUGGUAGGCUCUGGCCGUGGUCACGAUCAGGCGGCACAGAAUCUACAAGCCGUAGCUGCAAGACUUCUGGCUAGUCAAUUAGGUCAGCUUUUUGUCAGUUCCAGCGAGAAACCAAAGAGCUCGAAGAAGAGCGUCGUCUGGGUAAAAAAUGUUGGCGCUCUGCCAUCUAUUGAAGUGGUGUUGAGCUCUCAUGUAAAGGCGCUGUUGGAAGAUGAGGCCCCGAAAGCGAAAUCAGACGCGAGGAAGGUUGAAGCCAAUCCAAGCACGAGACAAACACCGCAUGAGGAUGAUCGUGAAUUUAACCAGCACGAUGAGCCUCAGCGGCGUGUCUCCAACAGAUCUGGCAGCAACGCAACCCGCAGAACUGCCGGUGAAGAGGAUCGAGUAGACGACACGAUGCCACUCUCCGUCCCUCGCACGACGGCCUCUUCCACCUUCCUGUACGGCACCAACACUGUCCUAGCCGCCCUCCGCGCCCGUCGCCGCAAGGUCUACGCCCUCCACUUCAACACCAAAGUCAGUUCAUACGAAGGCGACCCCAGCGCCGAGAUCCGCCGUCUGGCCCUCCAAGCCUCCAUCCCCACGCACCCAAGCGCAUCACGGAUCCUCCUCAACACCAUGUCCGAAGACCGUCCUCACAACGGCGUCGUCCUCGAAGCCUCCCACUUGCCCGCCCCUCCUGUCAUCGGACUUGGCUGGCCCGACCUCAAGACCGGCGACCUGCCCCUCCACACCCGCAAGCAGCCCUCGGAAGAACGCGCCGUCAACGGCGACCCUUCCUCGAUGCGCAUCCUCACCUCUGACCAAACCUGGCGCUACCCCCUCGUCCUAAUGCUCGACGGCAUCCUCGACCCCCAAAACGUCGGCAACAUCAUCCGCACCGCCUACUUCUACGGCGUCGACGCCGUGGCCGUCAGCCUCAAUACCUGCUGCCCGCUCACCUCCGCCACGCUAGCGAAAGCUUCCUCCGGCGCCUGCGAAGCCGUGCAAAUCUUCGGUCUCCCUAAACCCGGCAAUUUCGUCUACGAAUCCAAGAACGCCGGAUGGAAAAUUUACGCCGCCGCCGCGCCGCCUCCCAAUUCCAACGAGCGCGGCGUGACGAAACGAGGUCCGCGCUUCGUGAGCCACAGGGCCGUAGCGGCUCGCAGCGCUUUGGAGCGCCAUCCGGUCAUCCUGAUGCUCGGAGCGGAAGGAGAGGGGUUGCGGGAGAAUCUGACGCAGAGGGCGGAUUAUUUCGUCGGGGUUGCGCCAGGACCGCGAGCACCGGUGCCCGGGCGUGACGGGGAUGGUUUGUUGGAUGUUGGGGUGGAUAGUAUGAAUGUGGGCACGGCGGCUGCGGUGCUGGUGGAUGCGUUUUUGAGGCAGCCUGUUCGGAGUACGCAGCACAUGGCGAGGGAGGAGGAUGCGGUUGGUGCUAGGGGUGAAGGAGGGGAGGGUGAGUGA